AUUUGUUUAUAUCAGAAAGUGAAAAUUAAAUUUUGCCAAGAUAAAAUAACAAAAAGUAAUAAGAAUUCAAGGAUAUGGAUCAAAUUACAGUUAAGGAAAUACAGAAAUUGACUGAAGCAUGUUUGAAUAAUCUCAAAUCUGAUGAGCUUUACCGUUUAAGGAACGAUGCAAAAUUGCGAGCCGUAAAUAGUUCAAAAAGUUAUGAUGAAUUCAAAGAUAUUGUUGAUGCAGCACAUUUGAAGCCACUGUCACGUCAUGAUAAAAUGAAUUCACAAACCAACAAGUCCCGAUGGAACUCACAAAUUUGAAUUAUGUUUGUUUUCUCUUUCGCUGCUUGUUUUUUUUUGUGGCUACCAAAUUAGUGGGGAGUGUGAAAAAGCAAAUAAAUUAUCAGUGGAGCUUCUAUCGUCCCAUUAUUUCCACCAUGCCUCAUGUCUCUCAUUCGCAAAUUUGUUGGGCAAUUUUUGUUGUAUCAAUCAGUUUGGGGUGGGUAUAAUUAAUUGACAGAUAAAUUAGCAUAACAAUGAGAUGGGCAGAUGUGAGUGAUUUUAUGACUUGACAAUUUCAGGUUUUUAGGUGUUUUUAAAUUAAUUUAUGGACA